GUGUGAGCGCAGAUUGGUCAGUGCUCUCGGUCGGGUCAAGUGAAACGCAUCGCUUAUCGAAGUGAAGUUGUCAACGCGUGUUUCGACUGUUUUCGGAAAAGUCGAGACGACGUACUCUAGAAAGUUAGUCGGAAUCGGAAGCUGUGUCAGAGGAGAUCCGUCGUGUUUCGUUUCGUUAACGCGUUCCGCUCAUAAUGUGUCGUUGGUGAUUCGUCCGAAGUGCCGUGCAAAAUGACGAUCGCGUGAUUUCCACUCGUAUCCACAAGUGUGCGAGUCCUCAAAACGCGACAAGGCAGGCGGCUGAGCGAAGUGAGAGAGGCAACAAACAAAACACGGCGACACAUCGGCGAAAUCGUCAAGUCCACACGAAGUUUGGCAAAAACCCAUCAUUUUGAAGACAACAGACGUACAAGACAAAGUUGCAACAUGUCAAACCCAGGAGGUAAAGUAGUGGCGAAUCUGCGAAAAAAGUUUGUUUUUAAUGAUGUAGUCCGGUGGUUUCCCGGCCACAUGUCAAAAGGUCUGAGACAGAUGCAACAGCAAUUAAAAAAUAUAGAUUGUGUCAUAGAGGUUCAUGACGCAAGAGUGCCAAUUUCUGGGCGUUAUGUAGAUUUUAGAAAGACUCUGACGACUCUGAAACCACAUAUACUUGUUCUGAGCAAACUGGAUUUAGCUGAUGACAAGUAUAAAGAAAGUAUAAUGUCUACAUUAAACAGAGAAAGGCUAUCCAAUGUUAUCUUCACUAAUCUCAAAAAAGAACAAUGCAAAGGCAUGAAGAAAAUUCUACCUCUAGCCACAGACUUAAUAAAGAAUUCAAAUCGUUUUAAUAGAAUAACAAAUGAAUCUUAUACCUUGAUGGUUAUUGGCGUGCCCAAUGUGGGAAAGUCUUCUCUGAUUAAUCGUUUAAGAAAUAAUCAUCUUCGCAUGUCCAAAGCCAGUCCAGUUGGUCCAAUACCUGGUGUUACAAGAGCUGUACUAACACAAAUAAAGAUAUCAGAAAAUCCAAAGGUGUAUCUGUUGGAUACACCAGGUAUUUUAGCUCCUUCUAUUACAAAUUUUCAUACUGGCUUUAAAUUAGCUCUAGUAGGGUGUAUACAAGAUAAUAUAAUAGGAAUAGAGAUGCUUGCUGAUUAUCUACUCUAUUGGCUGAACAGGAAUAGCCGAUUUGAAUAUGUUGAAAAAUUUGGUUUGCAAGAACCAAAUGACAAUGUGACAUAUGUGCUUACGUACAUCGCCGCAAAAUUGGGAAAAACUAAGACUAUAAAGUAUCAUGAUGGUCUUCAAAAAAUGCCAGAUUUACACUCUGCAGCAGAUUGUUUUAUCAGCUCAUUUAGAAAAGGAGAGUUAGGUCGUUAUUGUUUAGAUAAUGAUUUGUUAGAAAAAUCACAGGAACGCAAUGUUAGUUUAGCUUAAUGAAAAUAAUAAAGAGUGUAUGUAAUUUAAGAUUGUUAUAAUAUUAAUUUAUGAAAUUUCUCAAACUGAAACUCAAAUGAAAACUCAA